UCCAAUUUUGCCAAAAGAAUGACCAAGCACUAUAUACCACCCCACAAACUUCCACCAAAACCAAGAAUCAUUGAUCUUAUAAAGGACUGUCACUCUCACUUGUUCACUCUACAAGGGCAACAACACUUGCUCCUCUCUCUCUCAAACCUCUAUCUUUAAUUUGACCUUUUUGUGUUUGAAUUGAAGAUGGCAUUAGAGCUGGAGGAGAAGAACAGAGUUGAAAUUCGGGUAGAUGCUAAAGAGAUGAAGUGGGUUUGUGAUUCAUCUCUGGAUCAUAAAGGGAGAGUUCCUCUUCGAUCUUCAACUGGUACUUGGAAAGCGGCAUUCUUCAUCAUUGAAGUGAUGCAUGAAGACCUGACAACAGCAGCCAAGAACGUCAACCGCUGGGCAGGAGUUACAACUAUCAUGCCUUUGCUUGGUGGUUUCCUUGCUGAUGCCUAUGUUGGCAGAUUCUUCAUGAUCUUGCUUUCCUCCUCCAUCUAUCUCAUGGGUUUAGGAAUACUUACAAUGUCUCAGUUUGUACCAAGCUUGAAGCCAUGUGGAGUUAGGAGGUGCAUCCAUCCAAGAAGAGUUCAUGAACUGAUCUUCUUCAUAGGAAUAUACUUGAUCUCUUUGGGAACAGGUGGCCACAAACCGUCGUUAGAAAGCUUUGGAGCAGACCAGUUUGACGAUGAUAACUUGGAAGAGAGGAAGGGGAAGAUGUCAUUUUUCAACUGGUGGAAUGCAGCGUUGUGCGGUGGGCUUGUUCUGGGAGUAACAGUGGUGGCUUAUGUGCAAGAUAACUUCAACUGGGGAUUUGCAAACCUCAUUCUUACUGUUACUAUGGUCAUAACCACCAUUAUAUUCACUCUGGGGAAGCCGUUUUAUCGGUAUCAUGUGCCCCAAGGCAGCCCACUAACACCAAUACUACAGGUUCUUGUUGCAGCCAUGAUGAAGAGAAAGCUAACUUAUCCUUCGAGCCCAGACUUAUUGCAUGAAGCCCCAAGUACUCGAAGAAGAUUACUGUGCCAUACAAAUAAACUAAGAUUUCUUGAUAAGGCAUGUAUCAUUGAAGAUAAUGACAUGUCAGAAGGGAAGAAACGGUCCCCUUGGAAACUAUCGACAGUAACUGAUGUUGAAGAAGCAAAACUCAUAGUAAACAUGGUUCCCAUAUGGCUGACCUCUUUACAGUUUGGGGUAUGUAUAGCACAAUCUGCGACUUUCUUCCUCAAACAAAGCAGCACAAUGAAUAGAAUGAUGGGUAAAAAUUUUGAGAUCCCACCAGCAAGUAUUCACGCUCUUUCUGCCAUUGGAAUGUUGCUGUGUGUCAUAUGCUAUGAAAAAAUCAUAACCCCGACACUAAGGAGAAUAACGGGCAAUGAAAGAGCCAUCCCGAUCCUCCAAAGAGUUGGGAUUGGGAUGAUCAUUUCUAUUUUAGGUAUGGUAAUUGCAGCAGUGGUGGAGAAGCAGAGGUUGAUCGUUGCAGGGAAAGAGAAAGGAGGUAAAGCAAGGUUUCUUUCGAUGAGCGUGUUUUGGCUAGCGCCUCAGUACUUGAUUCUGGGCAUAGGAGACGGGUUUACUCUUGUGGGGUUGCAAGAGUAUUUUUAUGACCAAGUUCCUGACUCCAUGAGAAGCUUAGGCAUAGCUUUGUAUUUAAGUGUGAUUGGUGUUGGAAGCUUCUUGAGCAGUUUUAUGAUAAGUGUUGUAGACCAUGUUACUGGGAAUAUUGGGACAAGUUGGUUUGGGAAGGACUUAAAUAGCAGCAGGUUGGACAAGUUCUACUGGCUGUUGGCAGCUCUCAAUGGGUUCAACUUUGGCAUCUACGUCUUACUGGCAAACAGGCAUUCUUACAAGAAUUUGCAGAGAAAUGUUAGUUAACCUGUAUAUGAUAAGCCACUGGCUUCAUGUCAUGUUAUUACUUUCUUGGAGUUUAAGACUGAAAUGUGAUGUUGGUGAUCUUAGAAGCACCAAAAUGAAAAUUAAUCUAAAGAAAUCAAUAUACAAGUAUUUAUGAUGAUGAUGAUGAUGAUGAUGAUACCAUACACUCCAAUCUCAUGGAUCACUACCUUAUAUGUGUAUACUUGAUA